AUGGCUCCGUCUCACAACCUUCCCCUUCACUCCCUUCCGCCACGCCAGUCACAUCGGCGCGACUCACAUGCGCGGUUCCCCGUCGCCCCAGCCACCCACCUCUCCGCGGUAUCCGCGUGCUGCUUGCUGCUCCUCUCCUCGUUAUCCGCCGUCGACCUCUCUCGCGCCACCCACGCUGACUGCAACCGCUCCUCCGCCGCCUCCGCCGCCUCCGCCGCCCCCACCGCCGCCACCCCCGCGUCGUCCUUACCGUCCGCCCGCCUCUCCACCCCCGCAUUGUCGUCAUCGUCCCACGGCUCGUCCACCUUCCUUAGUACCGCCUCGACGCUGCUACACCCAUUUCUCGAAAUUGACAACUUGGACGAUCUCAGCGGCGACUCGGGCGAUUCGUCGCAGCCAGAACAGUCGCACGCGACGCGCUCCCCGCAUCGCCUGCUCUUCGCACAGCAGCAACCCAGCAUCGCUGCCGCGGGCGUUGCGAAGAGUGCUCCCCUCGACGACCCUUCUCCCCCUCCGCCGCCGCCGCCAGCGCCGACGCCUCCGUGUGAGGUGGAGCUGGACUCGUGCGCGCUGCAGUCGCUGCUUCCGCAGCUCCUCCCGCCCGCCCUCCUCGACCCCGCCUGCUUCAACCACCUCUCGCUGCACUUCGCGCACGAUACUCCCGCAGACAACGGCGGUGGCGGCGGCGGGGACGAGUCGAGGGCGUCGUCGCCGCCUGAGACGGCGACGCGGCGCGAUCUGCUGGACGUGGCGCGGAACAAGGCGCGCGCCAGCACCGUGUGGGCGCCGCUGGAGGGGACGGCGGGCAGCGCGGAGGGCGCGGAAGGCGCGGGGGAAACGGGGGGCGCAGGGGGACCGAGGGGGCCAGGAAGAGCCGAGCCGGCGGCGGCGUCGACUCUCACUCCAGCGAAUGAAGUGAUCACCGUGUGCCGCUCCGCUGGUGUGGUGACAGCAGGUGUGGUGACAGCAGGUGUGGUGACAGCAGGUGUGGCACGAGACAGUGCCCAGCCAGCAUCACCAUCAGUCCGGAUCUCAGUGGACAGACCUGGAGAGGCUGGGGCACGUCUUUGGCAUGGUGAUUGGCAGAGAGAGUGGUUCGCCAACUACAUUGGCAAACUGCCUGCCGACCAGCUCACCACGCUGCUGGACCUGCUCUUCUCACCGUCCACGAGAAUCGGGUUCAACCUCGCGCGCUACCUGCUGGGCACCAGCUUCAAUGCCACCAACAGCCCGCAGCUCACCAAAGACACCAUGCACCAGACUAACCUCCCCGGCUACAAGCCGAGCAAGGCCGCCCCGUACAACUGGGCGGCAGACUGGCGGCAGCGGAAGGUUUUGAAAGGAGCGAUGCAGAGAGGUGUAGAUGAGGUGGAGGCAAUCGCUUAUUCAGCGCCGUGGUGGAUGACCAUCAGUGGGAAUACGUCGGGGAAUGUGGGCGGCAAAUCGAAUCUCCGACCGGAUAUGUACGGCGAGUUUGCGGAGUAUCUAGCCACCAUAGUGGCCCAUUUUCGCCACAAGUGGAACGUGACGUUCAGCACGAUGAAUCCGGCGAAUGAGCGGCUGGAGGGGUGGUGGUCGCAGGGGGGGCGGCACGAGGGGUGCAGUUACACUGCUCCUGAGCUGGAUAGGCUUUGCACGGCCGUGGCGGGUGCGCUGCAGCGGAAGAAGCUUCCGAAGCGCGUCGCGGGGUUCGACAGCUUCGUCGGGUUCACGAUGCGAAGCGCGAAUUUAUUUUCCGGGCAGUUACUAUCCGGUCUGAAGAGGAUUUCGGUGCAUGGGUAUGUCCUGCCACCACCCACCACCACGGAUACCAGGGAGUUUAUAGAGAAGCUGUACGUUGGAUUAGCACGGAUGGGGAUCAGUGUGGGGAAGGAGGUGUGGGUGUCGGAGAUUGGGCCGAUGUGGGCGGGAGGGGAGGACACCGAUGUGGGGUUGUUCAUGAUGCGAUCGGCGAUCCAAGCGAUCAUUAUCAUGGGCGCUUCGGCUUGGAUUUACUGGCAGUCGAUCAACCCUUACCUCCCUAACAACCCCAACUCUGCCAAGUGGGGGCUGUUUACAAUAACGCACAACAAUGUGUCUGAUCCUGCUGUCGUGCCGCUGGAGAUUACGUUCUCAAAAAAAAAUCACAUGAUGAAGCAGAUGGCUCGGGCGUCGCCGAGAGGGAGCAUGCCGCUGAGAAUCGAGACCACUAAUGGCUGUCACCACUGCGUUGCGUCGUUCUUCAACCCCGAUAAGAACUUCAUCUCUAUCUAUAUAGUGAACCAGGUGUCAAGAUAG